AUGAAAAAAACAAGCCACCAGUUGUUGAAUUUUUUCUCUCUCUCUCACUCUUUGUCUCUGCCAAAAAAAAAAAUGUUUCGAACUUUGAGACGUACAGUUCACACCAAUGCUAAAGAGGAAUGGACCAAGGCAUCUCUACGCCGUAUGAAGAAACCAGAGUUAACCCAGUUAGCCAAACAACAUAACCUUAAAUUAUCCGGCACAAAGAAUGAUAUCAUUAUCCAACUCUUGACACACCAAACUGCCAAAAUUGUAGGCGUCGAGACUCCUUCCAGCUUAUCUUUACCCAAGACCAAAGAACAACCAGCUUUCGGUAGUCUGGAUAAAGAUAGUUAUACAGACCAAGAUUGGACAAACGCCUUUGAGAUGAAAUUGGCUCACCGUGGUUCAGCCAGCAAAUCAAACCAGGAUAGCUCAAAAACAUCAAAACCUCACCAUUAUAAUCAACAAAUCAAACCAAGUAUAUUGCUUAAAACAGAAGAGUUAUUUGUUGUGUCAGAAAAGCCUACUUCCCCUGUCAUUGAGAUCACAAAGGAAUUGGAAGGUAUGGAUCCUCAGUGGGUAGAAGCCUUUGAUUUAAAAGUGGGGUCAAGAGGUGGUCGUCAUGAAUUAACAGAUACUUUGUCUGCCACCACAACAACUGAAAAGGGCACAGAGAAAAGCACACUUGCGGAAAAGGAUGCUAAGAAAAGUGUUGAUAAAAGCGAUGAGAAGAGUGCCGUGAAGAGUGUAAAGGGAGAGCAUGUAGAAAAGAGUAAACCUGCCGAAAAGAGCACAAAUAGCUCAGAUACCAAAACAGACGGCAGUCAAGGGACGUUAUUCAGUAGUGCACUUGGAUCCAGUAUGCUGUUAUGGUAUAUUGGUGGUGAAGAAGGGCUUAUGAAAAUCUGGCACUAUUUUUCAUAA